AUGUCUCUGGGCAUGAAACAAGUCACCGAGACAGGAGUAGAAUUAAGCAAUGAAGAGAGGAGCCUUUUAUCCGUUGCCUACAAGAAUAUUGUUGGUGCUCCCCGAUCAUCGUGGAGAGUCAUCUCAAGUAUAGAACAAAAGACUGAGAAGUUAGAGAAAACAGCAGAUGGCUCGAGAAUACCCGAGGAAAAGUGGAGAAGGAAAUUGAUAGAAAUUUGCGAAGAAGUCUUGGCUCUCCUAGAUAAAUAUUUAAUAAGCAAGGCAAGUAAUGCGGAGAGCAAAGUAUUCUACUUAAAAAUGAAAGGUGAUUAUUAUCGGUAUUUGGCAGAAGUAGCCACUGGAGAUCAGAAAAACAAGGUGGUGGAAGAAUCUCAAAAAGCAUACCAGGAAGCUUUUGAUAUAAGUAAGAGUAAAAUGCAACCAACACAUCCCAUUCGUCUGGGCCUUGCCCUUAACUUCUCCGUGUUUUACUACGAAAUCCUCAAUUCACCUGAUAAGGCUUGUCAACUUGCGAAGCAGGCAUUCGAUGACGCCAUUGCCGAAUUGGACACACUUAAUGAAGACUCUUAUAAAGAUAGUACGCUCAUAAUGCAGCUCCUCAGAGAUAAUCUUACGCUCUGGACAUCAGAUACACAAGGGGAUGGAGAUGAACAACAGGAGGGUGAAGCCAAUUGAUAGUCUAAAAUUAAACCCUGCUGCUCCCUUUUUUUUCUUCUGUGUUCUAUCUAAGGAUAAUCCUUAUCAUUUUUAUCAUUUCUUUCUUUUCUUCCUUAAAUCAGAAUAUCCCCUGUAUCAAUGAACUACAAUAAUAAAAAAGAACAGUGAAUGAUUAACAGAUUUCGAUUUAGAUCAACUGUUUGGAUUAUCUAAUUUA